CUAUCUCGCAGGUUACCCCGCCAUAUACUUGCAAAUUGAAAUACAGUCAACAUGCUUUAUCUCGUUGGUCUUGGUCUCGCUGAUGAGACUGAUAUUACAGUCAAGGGACUGGAGAUCGUCAAGAAAGCCGAGAGGGUGUACCUUGAAGCCUACACUAGUAUUCUUCUAGUCGAUAAAGAAAAGCUAGAAGCUUUCUAUGGACGCCCUGUCAUUGUAGCCGACCGAGAGUUGGUCGAAUCUGGUAGCGAUGAGAUCCUUGAAGGAGCCGACAAGGUAGAUGUUGCAUUCCUUGUCGUCGGAGAUCCAUUCGGCGCCACAACCCAUACAGACCUUGUCCUCCGUGCCCGCGAAAUUGGUAUCCAGACCAAGACCGUUCCUAAUGCGUCCAUCAUGUCGGGAAUUGGCUGCACUGGCCUUCAGCUUUACAAUUUCGGACAAACAGUGAGCAUGGUGUUCUUCACGGAAACAUGGAAACCAUCAUCGUUCUACGACAGGAUUAAGGAGAACGUGCAGAUUGGCCUACACACGUUGGUGCUGUUGGACAUCAAGGUCAAGGAACAAUCCUUGGAGGAUAUGGCUAGGGGGCGAAAGGUUUUCCAGCCGCCCCGUUAUAUGACUGUAGCGCAGUGCGCUUCCCAGAUGCUUGAAGUCGAGGAAGAGCGGAAGGAGGGUGUAUAUGGGCCAGACAGCCUCGCAGUGGGCUGUGCAAGAGUAGGCGCAGCAGACCAGAAGCUGGCCGCAGGCACUCUGAAGGAAUUAACCGAGGUUGACCUGGGGAGACCAUUGCACAGCUUGGUCCUUCUGGGGAAGAGAACUCAUGAUCUGGAGAGAGAUUAUAUCAGGGAGUUCGCUGUGGAUCAAGCGUCAUUCGAUGCCAACUGGAAGAAGACGUACGGCGAAACGUCAUGAUUUAAAAGAAAACUGCCAGGAUUAUUCUAUAUCUGAUAGGCAAUAGAUGCAAUUGAACUAUGAUGAACCCAGUACGCAUGCAGAACUUGCAGAGUGGUAGGAUCUGAAUAUGAAGUUGCGUACAAUACGAUCUUAUCUCAUACCGAACACUGAUUUGUG